AUGUCGAAUUUCCGGGAACUGAAGAAGGCGUUGAAGCGUCCUGAAGGAUCAAUCCAUCACUUUAACGAAGCGGUCGAGAGGUCAAUGGAGGAGAUGGAAGCCGAGGACAAGGAGUUCGAGGAGCUGCAACGAGAGUUCGAGGAGGAAUUCAGGAUGGAGCGGGCUCGAAUGGGUACUGCUCCGGAAGUAGUGGAUGCUGCAGCUUGGCACGGCAAUGGUGCACCUCGUGCUGCUGGUGGAGGUCUUAGGCGCCCGAGAGACACACAUCCGGAGGCUUAUUGGCAUCAAAGGAGAUGA